UUUAUCUUGGUCCAACAUAAAGUAAUCCAAACAAACAUUCUGAAAUAUGCAGUAAGGUGACAAAGAGUGAAACAGUUUGAGAAGUGUGAAUUAUUUUGUAAUGGAUUGAAGGGAUCAUUUGAAAGAGAUCAACUACAAUAUAUUGAAGCUGAAGAUAUAAUAUUUGCUCAUCAUACUUCUUUUAUCUUUUAUGUAUUAGUAACCUCUGACGAAGAACAAUUCCUAAUAUUAAAAAUAAAACGUUUCUGUUUCUUAUAACAGCCUAAGUAAUGUUUGCAAAGCAUGAAUUAUUUCAAUUAAACAUUUUUGAGCAACAUGUUCAUCGGGAUAGACUGGUUCGGAAUGCAAACGCACCUUUCCGUUGCAUUCUGGGAGAUGUAGGAGGAAACCGGAAGUGAAGUUUUUGUUGUGCUGCUGGUUUGGCCACUUUAAUCGUUUAACUCCUGGUAGCUCUUCUGGUAUAUAUGGCAUGUAACAGGGGGAAGGUAACUGACUUCAUUUCUUCUAGGACGGACAUAAAGUUGUACGAAAAUGGCCGUAGAAAACGUGAGUGUGGUCUUCAAGCUGUACUGCCUGGCAGUGAUGACGCUGGUGGCAGCUACGUACACUGUGGCAUUAAGGUACACACGGACCAUUUCAUCAGGGGCCCUGUACUUCUCUACCACAGCGGUGUGCAUCACUGAGGUCAUUAAAUUAAUUCUGAGCCUUGGGAUGCUGGCUAAAGAAACGAGUAGCAUCGUACGGUUCAAGAACAUGAUAGUGGAGCAGAUCAUCUACAGCCCGAAGGAACUGCUGAAGCUGAGUGUGCCUUCGUUAGUGUAUGCAGUUCAGAACAACAUGGCCUUCAUUGCACUCAGUAACCUUGAUGCAGCAGUUUAUCAGGUGACUUAUCAGCUGAAGAUCCCUUGCACGGCCUUGUGUACAGUCCUCAUGCUGAACCGCUCUCUCAGCCGGCUGCAGUGGUUUUCUGUUUUCAUGCUUUGUGGUGGCGUAACGCUGGUUCAGUGGAAGCCUGCAGAAGCUACCAAAGUUCAGAUUGAGCAGAAUCCCUUUAUUGGGUUCAUGGCUAUUGCUGUGGCUGUCCUCUGCUCUGGAUUUGCAGGUGUGUACUUUGAGAAAGUGUUGAAGAGCUCAGAUACAUCCCUGUGGGUCAGAAACAUUCAGAUGUACCUCUCUGGCAUUGUGGUAACCCUGAUUGGAGUCUUCAUCAACGAUGGAGAAAAGGUUAUGGAGAAAGGCUUCUUCUAUGGCUACACACCAUGGGUGUGCUUGGUUGUAUUUCUGGCCAGUGUUGGCGGUCUUUACACAUCCGUAGUGGUGAAGUAUACGGACAACAUCAUGAAGGGCUUUUCAGCUGCAGCGGCCAUUGUUCUCUCAACAGUUGCAUCUGUCCUGUUGUUUGGACUGCAGAUAACAAUUACAUUUGCUUCUGGAGCGUUGCUGGUGUGUGUUUCCAUUUACCUCUAUGGACUUCCAAAGCAGGACACAUCCAAAGUGACCCGGCCAGAUAAAGCGACAGACUCCGAACUUAAACAGAAACUAAUCAGUGUGUGAGUCACAAACUCUCACCAAAGGACUCAGAAGAAUCACGUAUGUUUUCUGUUGACCUGCAGGACUUCAUGGGGUGAUUAGAGAGACAUUUUCCACAUCAACACUGAACUGGGUCCGCACUAUGUUUGGUUAAAUUUGCUCCUCCCUUCAUGCACAUGGGAUAGAUGAUUACGCUUUGAAUUAACAGCUAUUUCAACAUAAUCUCUUUUUGUGCUACAAGAAGUUCAGCUGACACAAACAGAGGGGUAGGUGGCUCUUAGUAGUUUCCUGAUUGUAAAGUUUUUUGAUAAUCUGAGGAAGUGGGUUGCAGUCUGUGAAUUAAUAUUUAGUGAAGUAGUACAUCUGUACAGGAGGCACAUAAACAAGACAACUUCACAUACUGAAGGAUAUUCUUAACUGUGCAAAGUGUUAUCAGAUGUUCAAUUAAAGCCUGCAGGUGCAUAGGAGACAUCAGACUUAAAAGGACAGUGCAUGUUUGAUUUUUAUUGAACCUCUUAAGUGUCUUUUGUAUCAAUGUUUCAUUGUGCUUUUAACUGUUAUUUUAAAACGUAUUAAAUUGUAGACACGGUA